AUGAGUGCCACAGCAGACAAAGCCUUAAAGGAUAUCCCUAAAAAAUAUAUCGAUCCACUCGCCGAGAAGGAUGUUGGUGAAGGACCAAGAGUCAACGGUAAAGAGUGGAAAAUCAAAAAAGAUGCAUUCAGAGUCAAGACCAUUGGUGUCAAGAAGCUCAGCACUUGGAAACUCAGAGAGCAACAAAAACUCCAACAGGAGCAGUACAAGCAGAGAUUGAACGACUUGAAACAGGAAAAAGAGGAUGAAAAGAACCGUAAGAUUACUGAGUUGAAGAGAAGAAGAGAACUCAGAGAAGAGAAGGAGAGAUAUGAGAAGAUCGCACAGAAGAUGCAUGCUAAGAAGGUUGAGAGAAUGAGAAAGAAGGAGAAGAGAAACAAGCUCUUAAGAGAGCGUUAG